UGAUUAUGAAAUUUCAUGAAACUUCGUAGUUGUGAUCUUUCAAACCAUAAAAUACACACUUAGAUCAACUUGAUUAUUAGCAGUGAUUAAUUCUUUUUUUACGCGAUGAAAGGUAACAUUCUCGUAUGAUGAUUGUGUUAGCAAGAGUAUUUUUCUGUGUUUUGGUGCUAAUAAGAGCUAGUUCUGAACAAUCGGAAAGAGAAGCAGAAAAAAAAUGCAAAGAAUACGUAAAGUUUGCUUGUGACAACCCAAUUCCAUCCGACCCUACUUCAACACUUUCUCCUACCUUACAGAAAACAGAGAACGGAGAUAAGUAUUGUGUCCUUGGGGAGGCUUCCUCAUGUGGUGAUGAUCCAUUAUCAUAGUUAGUGUACAUCCUCUCAAGGGAAAAUUAUUGAACCUGAUCAGGUCUGAUCAGAUCCGAAUACGGAUACUGAUCGAAUUUGACCCGACUAGAUCUGAUCAGACCUGAUUAGAUGAACGUUUUGAUCGGAUUAGAUCUGGACAUUCCUCUGAUCUGAUCAGAUUUAAUCAUUUUCCGCUGGGCUGUAAUAGUGAAUUAACAAUAUCCAAGAAAAAUUCAAUCAUUAAAUUUCAUUUUCAAGGCGUACAUUAAUACAACUAAGAAGUAUAAUUCAACUUUCCUAGUUGAGCAGUCAUGUACUGGUGCGCUGAUUAGCGAAUAUUAUGUAAUGACGGCUGUUCAUUGCGCAGAGGACGCUAUUAGCGAGUAAGUGAUGUGCUAUUUUGAAUGACCACAAAUUAAUAAUUCCAUCAAAUUGCAUUUUUUGCAGUCAAUUCACACGGAUCUAUGGAACAGUUAAAUUAGGAAGUGUGACCAAAUUGAAUGAUGGCACAGGCCAGUGGUUCAAUAUUAUUCAAAUGGUUACGCAUCCCAAUUACUCUUCAUUUAAUGACGCACAUGACAAGUAUAAUAAUACUUCUUUUGAAACUCGAUCGAAAAGUGGAAUUCUCGCCAUAUAUUAGACCAAUAUGUUUGAACACAAAACUCAGCUAUAAUCUCAGUGAAAUAACCGCACCAUCAGGAUGGGGCAUGAAUAACAGCAAAAGUCUUUCUGGAAACCUCAUAAGCAUCAAGUCUUACGUCAACGAUGAAAAAGUGAAGUCAGUGUGCAGCACGAUUUUUCGAACACGUUGGAGUACUUUCACUAAUGAGACAGUGAUCUGUGCAGGAAAUCCCAGCGAAAUGAAAGCUGGUGCUGUUGUACGAGUUGAUGCCGGAGCACCGUUUCAGAUUCCUUUAAAUUCUGGAUGUCCGAAUACUUACGAACAAAUUGGUAUUUCCAUAUCGCAAAUAGAACUUCCUGACGCUGAUCCCGAAUCUGUCGAUUAUCUUACCAACAUUGCGAUCCAUAUUCCUUGGAUUGAGCACAUUGUUUGGGAAAUGCCUUCUGAUUCUCGAAUGACCAACCUUGCUCUUUGGUGAACUGAAUCACUGCAUGCUCGACGCUGUUUGUAGUUGGCAAGUUUUGUAGUGUUGACAUUGAAUCACGCGUAUGGUAGUGUGUUAAAUUAUUUAUUAAUUUAAUAUUCAUUAAUUCGUUAAAAUUUAAUCUGUGAUUCAAAUAAAAUGUCCUAUGAAAUUGUGAGUAGGUAAUUGAACAUUUCUUUUUACUUGUGGAAACAAAAUCAUUAACGUCUGUAGUCAGUAGUCAGAUGAUGAGAAGUGGUACUGGUUCGAUAAAUAAUGAGCGAGGAAAAGCAUACAAAAAAUUGUAGAAUGGAUCCGACGUGCACACUGCACACCUAGAUCAAAUGUGUUCAUUUUCCUUUGGGUUGUAUUAUAUUCACCUCUACCACUGAAGUUACUUACUUUUUCUGUUUCUCACGGACUACCUACGCACUUCUCUUCAUCAUAUCAAAGACGUUGAUUGUCAAUUUUGCCCUCAGAAUAUCCUUUCAAACGUGUAUUGAGAUGAACAAAAUCAGCCACUUUCUACAUCUCAUGCAUUAUAGUUUUGAAGUACUAGGUAGGUAUGUACCUUACAUAUUUUAAGUUUAUCUUGAUAUGAAUCCCAUUUCAAUCAAUUUUCAGUACAAAUGGUAUAUGAAAUAGUUUUUCUGCCAAGUUUUGCAUUGCAUUGAGGAAAUCAUUUGUAACUGACUUACCCAAGUAGUGAGGCAAUGUGUAGACUGUAGGUUGAUCAAUGAUCUACAAAGAAUCUGCUCAAUAUGUAACAACAUAAAAAUAUACUUGAUUUGCAUAAUUAUUAUAUACCUUAUGUAUGUAGUGUAGUUCAGAAGUUGUGUUUAGUUCUUCUUAAACAUGUACAUACCUACUACAUACCUAGGUACAUAAAACUUGUGUGAUGAUUGUGCUUUUGAGGAUAUUUUUGUGUGUGUUGGCUGUAACAACAGUUUCCAGUUCUUAUGAGGAAUGGACAGGAAAAGCAGUAAAUAAAUGCAAAGAAUAUGUGAAGUAUGCUUGUGAUGAUCAAAAUUCAAUUAUCAAUUCAACACUUACUCCUAAUACCUUAGAUAAAGUAAUGAAUGGAGAAGAUGUACCAUUUGGACUACUUCCUCAUAUGGCAUUCAUAUUAUUGUCGAAGAAACUUAAUGAAACAACAUUUAGUGGCAAAUGUAGUGGUUCGCUGAUUAGUGAAAAUUUCGUAUUGAGUGCUGCGCAUUGCACAGAGAACAUUUUUCCUAUCAACAAUACUUUUGGAACAGUUAAACUAGGAAGUGUGACUAGCCAGAACGAUGGCACAGGUCAAUGGUUCAAUGUCAUUGAAAUCUAUGUACAUCCCAAUUUUACAGUUUUAUCCAAGAAUUGGAAUGAUAUCCUUCUUUUGAAGCUUGACCCGAAAGUACAAUUUUCCUCUCAAAUAAAACCAAUAUGUUUGGGCACAGAGCUCAAUAAUGAUCUAAACACUGUAUACCUGGCAGGAUGGGGUUUAGAUGAGAAUGGGACUUCUUCUAAAGAUCUCAAAGGUGCAGAGUUAUCCAUAAAGGAUGAUGAAAUCGUGAAGUCAGCAUGUAAUCAUGCGGCGAAGAAGAACUUCAUUAAUAGUACAACUGUAAUUUGUGCAGGAUUUGCCAACAAAACAAAAUGCAGUAAUAAGGGUGAUUCUGGAGGACCACUGCAGGCUGUAUUAAGUAGUGGAUGUCCGAAUACUUACGAACUAAUCGGUGUAACUAUCUCUCAUGCUCCAAGUGGCCAAGUUUGUCCCAGAUGUGUCAGUUUCUUUACAAACGUUAAAGCGUAUAUUCCUUGGAUUGAGGGUAUUGUUUGGCCUGAUUAUGAAUUUUCGGAUUAGGUUUUAAAAGACUGGAUGGAAGUCAGCGCAACAGAAGGGGAAGAAUUAAUUGCUUGUCAUGAAGAUAUUAUUUUGUUCAAAUAUAACAUUAUUCUUGCUAGAAAAAUUUUCUAUUAAAUACUUACAUAAAGUA